AUGAGCUCGUUCAAGCACAAUAUCGGCCUUCUGAAGGCGUUGCUGGUCCGCAUCCCGCUGAUCCUGAAAACACUCUUUCUGCAUGAGGUUCACAUGUCCCCCGUGUCGGGGAAGCAAGAUCUACGCACCGAAUUGACUGUUGCAAUCAUUCGCUCGUUCAUGACGUUCAGUCAUUCCAUCACCAAGAUGCAGCAGAAUAGCAUGCGCGACCCCGGGAUCAAGGGUCCCAUGUGGGUGUCCAAGGUCGUUUUACCACAGCCCGAGUUCGACGUGCGCGAUGCAGUUCUGCGCGCAAUUGAGGACCUCAAAAUGGGUGACGAGACUUUUGAUAUACCUGCUAUCGGCUCUGUCGAGGCUGAAUGGACUGGGUAUCGAAGUGGAGUUGGGAAGAGUACUGCGCAACCUGAUCUCUCGGAGGCUGAGAAGUAUCGUGAGCUGAAAAAGGAGUCCUCGUCUGAUACGACAAUUCUGUUCUUCCACGGCGGUGCAUAUUUCCUGAUGGAUCCAUGCACUCACCGCGUGCCUGUCGCUCAUCUAUCACGCCUCACGGGUUCCCCGGUGCUCUCAGUCCGAUACCGACUGGCACCGCAAAAUCCAUUUCCAGCCGCAUUGGUUGAUGCAUUGACAGCCUACUUGUCUCUCAUUCAUCCGCCACCAGGCGCACUACACGAUCCUGUGCCAGCCCGCAAGAUCGUCAUCGCUGGUGACUCCGCCGGUGGAAACCUGUCUCUGGUGCUACUUCAGACACUACUUACCCUUCAACGUGCCUCCCGCUCAAUCAACUUCCAUGGAAAAGAAGUCCCCAUCGAGCUUCCUGCGGGCGUAGCCACCGUUUCGCCAUGGUGCGAUAUCUCGCGCGCCAUGCCAUCGAUCAUCCACAAUGCCAAAUUCGACUAUCUCGAUCUCCCCGCUCACACCAGAGAAGAUGUAGUCGAGUCGAAGCCGUUCACUCCGAUUCCAUUUCCGGCUGACGCAGCGUGGCCUGUAUCACCGCCGCGUAGUGAUAUGUACGUGAAUGCGAAAACGGUGCUACAUCCUCUCGUCUCGCCUCUUGCUGCAUCGCCGGAGCUUUGGAAGGGGGCGCCUCCGAUUUUUAUCUCGACUGGAGAGGAAUCAUUGACAGAUGAAGGCUUGAUCACAGCUCGCCGACUUCACGAGGCUGGCGUACCUGUUGUCGCAGAGCAAUUUGAGGGCAUGCCUCACUGCCACGGCUUUAUCAUGAUGUCUACGCCGGCGUCAAAACGAUUCUUUAAGACAAUGUCGGAGUUCUGUCGUAACGCCGGGACUGGAAGUGUUACGCCGACAGGGAACCUCACGUAUCUCGGCUUCAAGCUGCGCUCCACCCGCGAGAUUUCACUUGAGAAGAUUAGUAAUGUGAGUGAUGAAGAGGUCGAGGAACGAUUGCAGAGAAGUGCGAAAUGGCGUCUUGAUGGGGAGAUUGAGAUGCUCAAAUCCUCUCGUGAGUGGGCGCGGCUGUAA